ACCGGUACUUUGAAUGGAUUGCGAGAUGGUGCUGCAACGACGAGUUUCACAUAUCGCCUACUUUUGUUGCUUUAUUGAUAUAAACAAUGUUCAUUACUUAAGGUGAACAUUCUGAAUCUCCACAAUUUUGUAUUUGAAGAACAAUUAAAAUGAAACUUGUCAGCAAAGACUUCGAAAAGGAUGGUGCUGGGCAACUCACACUCAUCCCAGAAAACCCUGAAGACAUGUGGCAUGCCUACAACCUUGUUGCUCCUGGUGAUAGCCUUCGCUCCACAACGGUUCGUAAAGUGACUACCGAGUCAUCCACAGGAAGCAGUACUAGUAACCGUGUCAGGACAACCCUUACCAUCUCUGUGGAGGACAUUGACUUUGACUCACAGGCUUGUAUGCUCAGGGUCAAAGGUCGCAAUAUACAAGAAAAUCAGUAUGUCAAGAUGGGAGCUUACCACACUCUGGAUCUAGAGCUCAACAGGAAAUUCACCCUUGCCAAGAAGACAUGGGAUAUAGUAGCGUUGGACAGGAUAGACAUGGCCUGUGACCCGGCACAAAGUGCGGAUGUUGGAGCCAUCGUUAUGCAGGAGGGACUCGCUCAUAUAUGUCUGGUUACCCCCAGUAUGACAUUGGUGAGGGCAAAGAUAGAACAUGGUAUCCCAAGAAAAAGGAAAGGAUUCUGUUCUCAACAUGACAAGGGACUUGUCAAGUUCUACGAUGCUGUCAUGCAAGGCAUACUUAGACAUAUAAACUUUGAUAUUGUCAAGUGUGUCUUGAUUGGAAGUCCUGGCUUUGUCAAGGAUCAGUUUUGUGAAUAUAUGUUCCAGCAGGCCAUAAAGCAAGAUCUCAAGAUCCUCCUAGAAAACAAGUCUAGAUUUAUUCAGGUCCAUGCAUCAUCGGGUCACAAACAUGCACUCAAAGAAAUUCUGUCAGACCCAGUAGUGACUUCAAAAUUAGCUGACACCAAAGCAUCAGGGGAAGUGAAAGCUUUAGACACAUUCUAUGCAAUGCUACAGACUGAACCAGAUAGAGCAUUCUAUGGAUUGAACCAGAUUCAACAAGCCAAUGAAGCUCUUGCUAUAGAAACACUGCUUAUUAGUGAUGAACUAUUCAGGUCCUCUGAUGUAACAAAGAGACGUGUGUAUGUUGAUCUGGUAGAGAGUGUAAGAGACAAUGGUGGUGAAGUUAAGGUCUUCUCUAGUUUACAUGUCUCAGGGGAACAACUCAAUCAGCUAACAGGUUUGGCAGCCAUGCUACGAUUCCCAAUGCCUGAUAUUGAAGACAAUGAUAGCUCUGAUUCAGAUGACGAUUGAUGUAAAACUCACAAUAGGCAUCUAUUUAUUAAAAUAUCUAUUCACUUCUUGAUUUGGAGACACCAUGGUUGAUUGUGCCUGAUGGCUUAAAGGCUAUGCAGUUAAGAAAGCUGGUUAGGAAAAUAAUAUAUAAGGUGAAUCUGUUGAUGCAGUCUCAGAUUCAAAUCAAAUUUUCCUGGUCAUUUGGCAUGCCAUGAACACAUUGACGUAUUCAUACGACAUGAAGAGGAAGAGUUGUUCCAAGGUUUAAGGAGUUUCAUGAGAUUAAGAGUUCAUGGAUUGUAUAAUUUAUUUAAUGCUAAUUGGUCAUUUACUUAUUUUAUACUAUCAAGAACUAGGCUCUUUUUGUCCUCAACUGUUUAUGAAUGCUAGUUGUGGGGGAACUGUAAAGACCCAA